AUGCCACCGAAGUUGGACCCGAGCCAGAUCGUGGACGUCUACGUCCGCGUCACCGGAGGAGAAGUCGGAGCCGCCAGUUCCCUCGCUCCCAAGAUCGGUCCCCUCGGUCUCGCCCCCAAGAAGAUCGGAGAAGACAUCGCCAAGGAGACCGCCAAAGAGUGGAAAGGGCUCCGCGUCACCGUCAAGCUCACCGUUCAGAACCGUCAGGCUAAGGUGACGGUGGUUCCGUCCGCAGCUGCCCUCGUCAUCAAGGCGUUGAAGGAGCCGGAGAGGGAUAGGAAGAAGGUGAAGAACAUCAAGCAUAACGGUAACAUUUCGUUUGAUGAUGUGAUUGAGAUUGCGAGGAUCAUGAGGCCUAGGUCGAUUGCUAAGGAGCUGAGUGGGACUGUGAGGGAGAUUCUUGGGACCUGUGUCUCUGUCGGGUGUACUGUUGAUGGCAAGGAUCCCAAGGAUCUUCAGCAGGAGAUUCAAGAGGGUGAGAUUGAGAUUCCUGAGAACUAA